ACUGAUAGAAAAGAAAGACUUUACAGAGAAGAAUGAAGAUCAUCUGGACUUUCACUCUGCUGAUGAUUCCUGGUGUCGUGAGCUCCAUGAGUGUGACAGGAUAUUCAGGAGGAGAAGUCAACAUCACAUGCAGUUAUGAUGAAGGAUAUACAGAGAAUAAAAAGUAUUUUUGUAAAGAACAGUGGUCAAACUGCAAAGACCAAAUCAAGACUGAUAAGAAAUAUACAUGGGUUCAGAAGGAUAGAUUCUCUCUGUAUGACGACACAAGAUCAGCAGUCUUCACUGUGACCAUCAGAGAUCUGAGAGAAGAGGAUUCUGGGACGUACCAGUGUACAGUUGAUAGAACUAUAGACAUAGAUUUAUACACUGAAGUGAAUCUGGAUGUUAUAAAAAGUGAGUAA